AUGCGCCGCGUCCUUCGGCUGCUCCUCGGCUGCUUCCUCACCGAGCUGUGCGCCCGCGUGUGCCGGGCGCAGGAGCGAGCGGGGCACGGGCAGCUGGCGCAGCUGGGCGGCGUGGUGGUGCUGGCGGGGGGCAACCGCUCGGGGGCCGCCUCCGGAGAGGUCGGCGAGGGCGUGGGGGUCUCGGACGCACCCCCGACCCGGGCGCCCACGCCGGACUUCUGCCGGGGCUACUUCGAUGUCAUGGGCCAGUGGGACCCGCCGUUCAACUGCAGCUCGGGCGACUUCAUCUUCUGCUGCGGGACUUGUGGCUUCCGGUUCUGCUGCACGUUUAAGAAGCGGCGACUGAACCAGAGCACCUGCACCAACUACGACACUCCACUCUGGCUCAACACCGGCAAGCCCCCAGCGCGCAAGGACGACCCCCUGCACGACCCCACCAAGGACAAGACCAACCUGAUCGUUUACAUCAUCUGCGGGGUGGUGGCCGUCAUGGUGCUCGUGGGCAUCUUCACCAAGCUGGGGCUGGAGAAAGCGCACCGGCCCCAAAGGGAGCACAUGUCCAGGGCCCUUGCAGAUGUCAUGAGGCCACAGGGCCACUGCAACACUGACCACAUGGAGAGAGAUCUCAACAUCGUGGUCCAUGUCCAGCAUUAUGAGAACAUGGAUACCAGAACCCCCAUAAAUAAUCUUCACGCCACCCAGAUGAACAACGCAGUGCCCACCUCCCCUUUGCUCCAGCAGAUGGGCCAUCCACAUUCCUACCCCAGCCUGGGCCAGAUCUCCAACCCCUACGAACAGCAGCCGCCUGGCAAAGAGCUCAACAAGUACGCCUCCUUGAAGGCUGUCGCCGACAAGGUAAAUGAUGACUUCUACUCCAAAAGACGGCACCUGGCCGAGCUAGCCGCCAAGGGGAACUUGCCUCUGCAUCCUGUAAGAGUGGAGGAUGAGCCGCGGGCCUUCAGUCCUGAGCACGGCCCCGCCAAGCAGAAUGGACAGAAGUCCCGCACCAACAAGACGCCCUCCCACCCCCUGGCCUACAACUCCACCGCCAACUUUAAGAGCUGGGACCCCAAGGAUCAGUCUCUUCGGCGGCAGCAAGCUUACGGGAACAAGGGCAAGCUGGGCACGGCCGAGUCGGGCUCCAGCGACCCCUUGGGAACUCGCACCCAGCACUACCCACCCCCGCAGCCAUACUUCAUCACCAACAGCAAAACGGAAGUGACUGUCUGAGCUGUCGCUACAGGGGACAUCCUGGAGACCACACUCAACUGAGAGAGGCAAAAAAUACCCCAGCACACACCCUCCCUGUCCCCCACCCGCACACCCACCCACACGUUCACCCUCCACACCGACCGACGACAAACCUACUGGUGACAUGGAAUCACGCUUUUCCUGCGUCAUGCCUAACAUGUGUCGGCGGGCAGCUGAGCAAGACCGGAACGUGGACGGUCAGCAAUACAGCCAAGGGGAAACUGAGGCACCCUCUUUCGACUUAAGGGUCGAGGUGGCCAACUCACAUGCCUAAACCAUGGGGCUGAUUUUUCUUUUCCUCCUAACUUGAAACUGAAAUCCAUGAUGAAAAAAAAGAAGUAGCACAAUUUAGAGAAAUUGUCCAUUUGAGCACAUAUACCAUUGACCAUGCAUUGUCUGUUUCUGGAUGAAAGAGCCAGAAAGGAUGGAAAGGGGGGUAGAGAAGAGGGGUCGCUGGUGCACUUGAUAAGCAUUUUCUAAUCCCAGGAAGUAGUGAUGUGGACAUAAAAUUGUGAUGAGCGUGAGACAGUAACUGGACCCCCCCCAUGCUAUUUAUAGUACUUCUCAUAUCAUCAAGGUUGGAAGCAAAAACAACACACACUCAAACUCACAAAAAAUAAAUAGACCCUGAACCCACCGACAGUGAUGGGAAAGAAAGAACUUUUUUAGGCAACUCCCAUAAAGACUGUGGAAAUGGGAGGGGUAGGCUUUUAUGGCAGGGAGAGGGUCCAGAGAGUCUUAAAUAACUAUUUUUUAAAAAAGGAAAAUAAAAUAGAAUCCCACUACAAAACAGACGAGAACAGCAAAGUAACUUUUGUCCAACAUCUUCAAGACUUAGGAAAUCAACAACGUCGUCAAGAACAAACAAAAUUCACAGUUGAAAUGUCGACAAGAGGUGAGAAGGGGACGCAGAGCCUCUGAUUUCUGGCGUUGUACCCCCGCCUCCGAGACAAGAAACAGAGACAGAAACCAGUCCUCUAUUAACUGUCUAUCCCCGACUCCCUUCCCCUUCAGCCUGUUGCUGCCGCCGCUGCCGAAUUUCAACUGCUUUGGACUGAAAAUGUCAUAAGCGUGGGUGGUGCCUUCAACGUGUCACUGUUGAAUGACAGUCUUGUUUCCCAAGUGCAACCUGUGUUCUUUUAGCCUUCCUCCCUCCUGUCUUUCUGCAGUAGUAGAAGGUGUUUCCAUCCUCUGUUUGUUGGUGAGCCCACCCAAUCCCACACUCUGAGGGGGAAUGCUGCAACUUGCAAAGACCAAGACCUCCCUCCCCCACACACUGUCAAAACUCCCUGAGUCCCACCAUUUUCUAGCUCCCCAAACCUAGCGUGGGACCCAAGCAUUCCUGGUCCCAUCAUUCCCAGGAUAGAUAGAUAGACAAAUGAUCCCUCCAAACCACUUCCCCAGAUACUGCAAUGCGUUCAUUUCCCAUCCACGAUACCCUGGGGUUGUUGUUCAGAUGGGUUCUCAUAGCUAAUGGAUGUCCCAAUAAAGACAGUUUUCCUAACAGUUUGAUUUGUUUAGUGGAAGCCCAAAGAGAGAGGUUGACGGAGAAGAGAUUUUCUUUUAAGGUGAGAAGUUUUCAACCAGUCCUUAAAUGGCUUAGCUAAUUAACAGGAACCUUGGAGAGACCCCCCCAGCUCUUCUGAUGUCAGAAACUGAACGUGGUCUGAACAAGACCCUUCCUGGAAUGCUGGACAUCAGCGUUCUGCUUCCCCAUCUCUCUGACAUCAUGGGAUCGGGGAAACCAGCUGUUUAUUCUCUUUUUUACUCCCAGCUCAUCUGGGGACAUUAACAGUGCAUUUUAUCUCUCUGGGCUGUAGUCUUCCACUUGAAACAUGGGGAAUUGGGGUGAGAUCAAGCUUUUCAAGCUUUUUGAAAUAGCAAAACCUCUUCCCAUUAAAAAAAAGAAAAGAAAAGAAAAAUCGUGCCCAGAAGACCCUCUGUCAGAUCCCGGUGAAUAACGAGGCUCUGUGCUGGAUGAGGCAGGGCUGGGUGAUUUAGUGCCUGCUUUCUCAGCCUCUUGGCUGAAACCCCAGUGCUCUCCACUGUGGAGUAAACACUAGUGGGCUUGGUCAGUGUUUCCUUGAAGUUAGUUAUCUGUGUACCUGCCACACACUUUUGGCAUCUUUGUGUAUCCCUAUCACAAUAUUUGUACCUAAAUUGAUGCAUUUUUAAUACAUUUAACUUUUGAAAGGAAAACUAUCUGUCAGUAUCACAAACACAAAACCAAUAUCAGUCACCCUGAAUAGAAAGUAAGUGUAAAAUAAGGACAAAGGCAACAGUGCAGCGAUUGUUACGUUCUAGCUACAGACUAUUACCCGUAGAAGGGUUUGAACCUGGAGCCUGGCGUUUGCUCCCCUUCUUUCUCUUCCCUUCCUUCUUUUCUCUCUCCCUCUCCCCUUUUCUUGAUUAAAAACAGAUUAGCAGACGUUCAAGAGUUGUUAAAGAUAUACCGGCACCCACUGGAGACUUUCUCCUUGAAGUAAUCAAAUGGGCUGACAAAAGUGAAAAGGGAAUCAUUUCCUAUGUGACUCAGUGGUAGUUAGUGCUCUAUCCAUGUACUACUAAAAAUCAUCUUGCAUUCACUAGUGGUGCACAGCGCAUACUUCAGGAAAUACUGGAUUGGCUUGUUUGGUGAGGUUCCCUCCAGCUCCAAAGUUCUAUCAUUCUAGUCUCCCUUUUAGCUCCUUUCUGCUCCUUUCCCUCAACCCCCUUCAUCUGACCUUUAUCCCAGUCCUGAUGAAGGACCUUUCUUGGUCUCUGAAUCUACAGGAUUUAUUCGUCAUGGUCCUUCUCUUCUGAGUAAACUGCACCCAGUGAAUUUUGUAAAUUGGAGGUCUGCAGCUAUAAUUUCGGCAGUGAAGUUGCAGCUUGGUCCAUAAGAAGUAACAGUGGUGAGAGCCCAAGAAGAACAGUACUUAGCCUCGUUACCUUCCAGUUGGCUUUGGGAGCUGAACUGAAGCGGGGGAAGGGAGGGAGUUUGGACAGGGAAGUUUAUUCUCUGGCUUCUUCUAGGGAGGGUGGACAGACCUCAUGAUACUGAAAGAUUAUCAUGACCUGUAGAACUGUGACUGCCACGUAUCAACAAGGAUCCUCUAGCCAGAAUGGGGAGACUUAGAAGCAAGAAACCAGAACAAAGCAGGGAGACUAUCCCCUCCCCAUCCCCUGCCCUGGCAGUAGCCUCUUCUUCUUACCUUUAGCUACCACCCAGCUUCCAACCCAACAGGACCAGAGUCUGACUUCCCUUUGCCCUCCCAGAGCGUCUCAGCCUCCGUCGGCCUUGGGCUCCGCCUGGCAUUUCCAUCUAACAACUCCCCCCAGUUUUUUUGUGUGUAAAUGGAGCAUAUUUUAUGUGCGAAUAUUUUAGUAACCAUAUGUUCUGCAAGUAAACCUGUGUUAAUACUUGUCAACAACUGCAGAGUUUAUGAUACCAAUAAUACUUCCUACAAUGAAGAAAAAAAAACAUUUGUUUUCUAAGAAUGUUUAUUUGUAAACAUAUGUAUUCACUAUAUUAAUAUGAAUUUCUUACCUGGCAAUAAAACUGAUUAUAUGUGA